UGCGUUCCACAAUAUGCAUCCAGAAACGUGACUGACUUUGUGAGGGUUAAAAGCCGACACUCUUCUCUCCUACACUUCUCUCAUCUUCUUUACUUUCCACUCAAUCUUGACAUCUUGUCCACUUCAUAUAACUGUUCAACAUGUCUCUCCCAUCGUUGAUCUUUGAUGUGUUCUGGGAUAGCGACUCUGCAGUCGGCGAUAACUCACGAGCCAUUGCCGAACGGUAUGGUUGGGAUCGCAUCUGCAUGAACUUAAAUUUCGAGCGCCAUCCAUGGCAAGUCGCUCCUCAAAUCCGCUCUAUCCCUAUUGCAAACCACCCUCCUCCAUCCCCUGGCCACUCCAAGGGAGGAAACAUUCCUACCGAUGCUGAUAUUUUCGCGACCUCUGAACUCGGCGAUGACUCACGAGCCAUUGCCGAACGUCGGGAUCGCGCCUGCAUGGAAUCAAAGAUCGAGUGCCCUGUGACACUGGCAGCUAACGAAACCGCGCUGGCAGUUAAAGGCACGGCCCUCUGCGAAUUUGAGGAUUGCCCGGAUACAGAGCCAAAAAAUAUGGUCGCCCAGAAGGAGAGCGUCCACCGUAUUGAGUUCUACAAAUGCCCCUAUUGUAAACGGCGGUGGUCAACCAUCGAAGCUGUGACUAGCCACUACAGGAGGUGCCUGUCACUUCGGUCUAAAAUGGCCCUCGCAAAGCAGCAACGUCGCUCGUUCUUUUACCAAAAGCCUGUGAAGAUCGUCUAUUGGUACGUUGUUCCUGUACGGGACGCGUCCUAAGGCAACGUCCGAUUAUAUCUGUCCAAAUCACUUCGGAUCAUCGUCAUUCAUUCAUUAUACACCGAAUAUCUGUUUCACUGUGCUCGGUGUAUCCACCUCUCAUUGUUAUCGUUUGGUGUAUCCUCUCUAUCUUUAUUAGAUUUUCUUAUUGCAUGUUGGAUGUACCUAUCCUACCUCGCCAUGUCGCACGGUGUAUCUUUUAUGUUAGAAGCACGUUGGGAGUAGCUAUUGUAUCUCAUCAUGUCAUCUGGGCCUUUGCAUCGUAUCUGGAUCGAGAAUGAAUAUCAUUGUGUUGGGUU